UUUUUUUUAUCUACACAAAACAUGAAAUUACCUAAACUGUUAAGCCUCUAUUUCUUGACAAACGAAUAUAAAGGAAUAUAAAUAGAGGAGCUCUUUACUCCCUGAGAUAAUAGAUAACUCAACCUGACAUUUAAAAAUGAAUAGGAUAGAAUAUAUGUUUUCAUUAUUUGAAUUUGUUUCGGUACUCUUCUUGAUGUUUACGGCUAAUGCUAGGGCUCGUGGUCGUGGAGGUAUAGAUUUUGAUAAGAACUACAUCGUAACGUGGGGACAAAAUCAUGUCUUAAAACUCAACCAAGGGAAAGAAGUUGAGCUUUCCAUGGAUCAGUCAUCAGGUUCUGGCUUUGAGUCUAAAAGCCAUUACGGAUCAGGAUUCUUUCAAAUGAGAAUCAAAUUGCCUCCACGAGAUUCUGCCGGUGUUGUCACUGCUUUCUAUUUGACUUCAAAAGGAGACACCCACGAUGAGGUCGACUUUGAGUUCUUAGGGAAUAGACAAGGGAAACCGAUAGGAAUCCAAACAAAUGUGUUUACCAAUGGACAAGGAAAUAGAGAACAAAAGUUUGUUCUUUGGUUCGAUCCCACCACAAGUUUCCACACUUAUGGGAUUCUUUGGAACCCGUAUCAUAUUGUGUUUUACGUCGACAAAAUUCCAAUAAGAGUGUUCAAGAAUAACAGGUUUGGCGUGAACUAUCCAUCAAAGCCCAUGCAACUAGUGGCUAGUCUUUGGAAUGGUGAAGAUUGGGCGACAAACGGUGGUAAGGACAAGAUUAAUUGGGCAUAUGCUCCUUUUAAGGCCCAGUUCCAAGGCUUCCCCGAACAUGGCUGUCGCCUAGAUGGUCAGAGUAAUGAUAGGAAAGUUUGUGGUUCGACUAGGUACUGGUGGAACAAUAGGACGUAUAGUAGGUUAAGUGCAAACGAACAGAAGGCAAUGGAGAAUGUGAGAGCAAAGUACAUGACAUAUGAUUAUUGUUCUGAUCGGCCUAGAUAUCCUGUCCCUCCUACUGAAUGUCGAUUGAAUAAAUGAGAGUAAAAAUACAUAUUUA